GACCUUGUUGUGAGCAGUUUCAUGCAGGAACUGUUUUCUAUCUAUCAAACUGUAGUGCUGUAUGAAACUGCUCACAACAAGGUCUGUGGAUUAUCUUGAAUAUUUGGGUCAUGAUUUCUGGACAGAGACAUUGCUGUUGAGUUUCGGAAAUACAUUUUUCUGGGGCAGAUUGAACACUGCAGGCCAAUCUAGUUCUAUAUAUUGGAGAGAAGGCAGACAUCUCUACAGCCAAUAUCUCUAGCACUCAGCAACUAACAAGACUGCACUACAGGUAAAAUGUUGGAGUGAACUGUCUCUUUAAAUAUGACUGAUGCAGCAAAUAUUAAAAUAGGCUUAUAAGACUUUAUUAAUCCCACACUGGGGGAAAUCAGAAGAAAAGAAUAAAGGAAAGGAAAAAAAUGAGUAAAGUGCUAAAUAGGAUAAAAAAAAAUGCUAAAAUACAAAUAAGAUCAAAUAAAGAUAAAUUAAUAUAAAAUCUGUCUUCACCUUUCACUCAUACAGAUAUUAUAUGUCCAUGACUGAUAGUUGCACAGGGUAUAUACUGUAUCACACACACGCUGUGUCGUAUUUCUCACUGUCAAUAUAUAGAAAUAUAUAACUGUUGUUGCACACGUAACUCUAGAUGUUACCAGUAUAUUGAACUGAAAUAUACAAAAGCAUCCUUUCCAGUUGUUUUUGUCUUCAAUCACUGCACGCUGGAUUUGUCUGAUUUGCUUUAAUUUCAUGUGAGUAAAUAAAAACAUCCAGAGAUUUAGUUUGUGUUUCUCGUUCAGACGGCUGUAUGUUCAUGUUCACACUGUGGUUUCAGUCUGAGGUUUUCAGGUGAGAAAAACACUCGAAGUAGAGGCAACAGCAUACAGUCAGUGUCAGUGCUGCUUACCAACCUGAGCAUGUGUAAUAUCUGCUGUUAUUAUAAAUGAAGUCUACAGUGAACUGUAGACUGUGAAACUGUGUUUCACCUGUAUUUGGUGUCUUCAGCAUGAAGCACUUCACAAAUGAAAAGCAGCACUUUGAGCUGUUUUUCUUGAACUGAACCUUUAAUCUUUUGAAUGUCAAAUCUUCAAAUGAGCUAAUUUCAUGCUUGAGGUCUCUUUUAUCUUCACAUGAACACACACCUUGUUUCACUUCUGGGUUUUCCCUGUAAAGCUUUUGAAGUUAGAAGUGGAAAAUAACCAGUAAAAGGAAAUCACAAAAAGCUUGAAAAAGCCUCCGUCUCUGCUGAUUAUUCCUCAAACACAGUCGACACAGGGACUAUGAACAUCAGCAACCAGCCAAAUAAGAAGAGACCUCUUUCACACUGACAGUAUACCACCAAACUAGGUCACUGGCCUCGUUAAGAUGUUUCAUUCUUAGAGCAGAGAUUAUUCUAAUCAGAUGCAUCUCACAAGGCAAGCCACCUGAGGAAGAUGUUACGAUGAAGAGAAAUGUGUCCUGAUAAGAAAACCUUAAAGCCAUUAAGAAGAAAAGCAGACGGCAUGAAAUUCUGUGCAUGUGUCACAGAGCCAUGACUGGAGCUGCCUGUACUUCUGUAAAUGUUUAUCAGACACAAACUUCUACUUAAAGAGAUGAGAAGUUCAACUAAACACUGUGCGUCUUCCUCAUGGUAGACAGAACGGCUCCUGUCGGCAGAUGGCUGAGCUGCUGAGUCAUCCUGAGUGGGUUCUAAGACAUUAAGAAAGAUGAGCUGAGAUGAAUCUCCCCUCACACCCCUGGAGAUUCGUUAUUAUACUCCUCUGUUUUUCCAUUGAGUGUUUCCCUCUGCUCCCUGCUGGCUGCCAGCAUUUAAACGUCCAUGGCCACGUGACAGUCGAACCAGCUCCGCCCUUCCUGUUGGGCUCAAACCUGACCGUGUACUGCCACGUCACAGACAUCGUAUCAUGUCACCGGAGUUUCAAAAUAUACCUGGAGCUGAACGAUGAGACUGUGAAUUCUUGGGAGAGAGUCAGCUGCACCUCGAUGAUAUUCAAUCUGUUCAAUGUCUGGAAGCCGCGAUCGAAAGUGAUCUGCAAGCUGAAGACUGAUCAGCUGCCUAAGAUCGUCGAUGGAAAGGACCUUCAUGGCGGGCUCCCUCCAGAUAAACCUGAAAAUAUUACCUGUGAAACGUCACGGAGCUCAGAUUUUAUAGACUGCUCAUGGGAGAGAGGACAGGAAACGUACCUCCCUACGACCUACAACAUUUCAGUCUACAGAGAAAAUGGGACCCAAAUACUGUCGGAUCAGAUCCAGGAUGCUGGAGAAAUCACCAUACAGCGAGCAGCGAUAGACGUAAACACUACCUACCACUUGAAUAUCACCGCUUACAACCACUUAGGAGCAUCACGGUCUGAUCCAUUCGUCCUCUGUGUAAAGUAUAUAGUGAUACCGGAGAGCCCUCGUAUUGUGCAGGUAGAAUUUGGGAAUAACUCAGCGGCUGUGUUGCAGUGGGAAACAGCUGACUCCUCAGAGCAUCUCACAUCUGAUGUCAGGCUCCGCACAGAUAAAGGCUCCUGGGAAGUGGGAGCGGGAACAGAGCUCAGUGGGGGUCUGAUACGAGUUGACGGUCUGAGGCCUCUGACUGAAUAUGAGUUCCAGAUGAGAACAUGUCACUCACCAUCAGGACGCACUAACACACCCAGGUUAACCUCCGGCAAAAGAUUGUCUUGCAGCAAAUGGAGCCCAUCCAUCAAAGGGACAAGUCCUGGAAAAGGUCCAUCUCAGCAGUUGCAUGUGUGGAGGAUGUUAGACAGCCCGGAGACGAACCAGCAGCCGGAGGUGACUGUUCUGUGGAAGCCUCCACCUCUAGAGGAUUACAGUGGAGCGUUACAUCAGUACAAGAUCUUUCUGGGUAAUGACCACAAACAGGAAGUGACCUGUCGUGCUGCUUUGAGUCAGUUUUCACUUCCACUACCAGCCGAGGUCUGGGCACUGAGCAUCAGUGCUGUCACCUCGUAUGGGUCGUCUCCACCGGCUGAGGUGCCACUCAGACACUCAGGUGAUUCUGGACCUGUUCUGAGACAGCUGGCUCCUGCUCCUGCUGACAGAGCUGUGUUUGUCUCCUGGUCGUGGCGAGGGAACAAACACUGGUCGACAUCUGGAGACCUGCUGCUGUACUAUGUGUUAGAAUGGACAAGUGUUCCUGCCGCCGCGCUGCAGUGGAAACAAGUGGCUAAAGAUCAAAACAGCGCUUCCAUCACAGGUCUGACUGCAGGUGUGAGGUACAACAUCUGUCUGUACGCUGUGACCAGCAGAGGUGUCAGUGCUCCAUCAUCCAGGCUCGUCUACUCUGAAGAGAAGAAGCCUGUGUCUGGUCCCAGUUUGUCAGUACUGGCUCAUGAAGCCAGACAGAUCCACAUCCGCUGGGACGAGCUGCCUGUAGACAAGCGGAGAGGCUUCAUCACAAACUACACCAUCUACCUCCAGACGCUGGACUCCAGCAACACAAAACUCAGCGUGACGGUGUCCGCCAACGGCCCCAGACAGAUGUGGUUGGACUGUCCUGAAGGAGCUCUGGCUGUGCAGCUGACUGCAUCUACCUCAGCAGGAGAAGGGCAGCCGGGGAACCGGGUCUGCUCUCAGCCUGACACCCCUGCAGUCGGCCUGGUGAUUGUGACUGUUAUCGUCCUCGCUCUCUUCGUAGCGAUCAUAGCCAACCUGAUGUGCUGGAGCUGUGUGAGGGAAAGGAUCAAACAGACAUGUAUAUCCUGUGGACCUGCCUGCCUCGAUGAGAAGUUACCAAAACCAGGAAACAGUAAUGCAAUCAGACUGCUGGAGCAGUAUAGAAGUGAACUGUCCUUCUCGUCCACCGACAGCGACCCGCCGCUGUCCCCGAUCAGUUUAGUCUCCCAGGAAGAGAGGGAUGAAAUCUACCCCAACAUCCACGUUGAAAUAUCUCAGGUUGAAUCGGGACAAUCCACAGCGGAGGCACCUCUGCUAACGUCACAUCUCCAGACGAUGCUCGUCGACGGACAGCUGGAACACGUCAGCUACAAACCUCAGAUUGCUACGGUGCUUCCACAAGGAGAGGAGGUGAAGGAGGCAGAAGAGGAGCAGAGGGAUGUACCCACUAGUGGGGAAGAAGACGGAUGUGUGUUUAGUGGAUUCCUGGGAGACUUUCUGUCCACUGUGGAGGUGGAUUGUACUGGUCCACCUGUGGGGCUGACUCUCAGCUCUGUUGGCGAUCUUUUGUGGACCAAAACACCUGGAACAACAAGUUUCUUGAACGGAGGCUUGUUAGUGGGGGCGAGGGAGACUGAGAACAACGUGGAAGCAGACUCACCCUCGCUGGAUUUACAGCAGGGUGAAGUAAUGACGACUGACACAGAAGAUACUUGUUUAUCUCAGUAUACAGCUGACACAAUACUGACUGGUGGUUAUUUCCCCCAAGUAGCUGCUGUGAGCGACACCGAACUCUGUGACACAUAGAGGUGGCAGGGACGACGGGAAUGACACAAAGAGGACAAUCUGCACUACUAAACGGAUUUUAUAGAAAGCAUUAUAUUCAAGCACCACCUCAUUUCAAGUGAUGACCUCAGCGAAUUUGUGUAAUCGUAGAAAAUCAUGCUUCAGGUGAUCUGUGAUUAUCACUGUAUCAGGUCUGUUCAAACCAAGUUACUAAAUGGAUCAAAAAAUGUUUAUACUGAGUUUGAAUGUUUUUCCAGUAAGUGUGUAGCAAUAGUCAUUAUAGUUAUGUUGGCACCACUUUCUAUAAAGACGGUUUUGUAAAUGUUUAAUUCGUCUUUUUUAUGCGUUAAAGAUCAUCUUUUAGUCAUUAUGGGAAAAAAUCCCUUUGACUUGUGUAUACUUCCUCCUGCCAAUUGAACGAAUCACCUCUGUGGUCCAGGCUGAAAUAUUUCAACAGCUGUUGGAUGGAUUGACAUGAAACCUUUUCCAGACAUUCAUGUUCCUCAGAGGAUGAAUCCUACCAACUUUGGUGAACCCCUGACUUUUCAUCCGGCACCACCGACAGGACAAUCACAUUCAUUAUCUCAACAUCUACUGGACAGAUUAGUGCAACAUUUUGUUUGGACAUUCAUGGUGCCCAGAGGAUGUAUCCUAAUGACAAAACACCUUAAGUUUUCUCCUUAAGCACUGAAGGCUUAAAUUCUCACGGAAUCCCUUAAAAGGUUUCUUUGUUAAAGAAAAAACAAUAACUCAUUUACUGUUUUAAAACAUAUUUCACGGUGCUUAAGAUUUCAAUGGAGAUUACCUGUUUGUUUGGACUCACACUUGUGACGCCUGUUAUCAUCUAGUCUGAGUGGGCGGAAGUUCGCUGCAUAGAUCAGCCUCUCAUUGGGCGGAACGAGCCACCCGCUGAAGUCCCGCCCUACCACCUCCGGUUGUGUAGCAGUUUUCAACCGUUUUCAACACGUCCUUUACUAACUUUUGCUGUGUUUGAUCUUGCGGGGAUGUAGCCAUUUUUCUGCCAUGGUUCGUGUCCUGUAGGCGAUAUUUUUGUGGGCGUGUUACACCAAAACCUGUUUCCCCCCGGCAAUAUUUUUGCAAGCACACCGUUGCUGUGGCACCGCCCAGAACGGUUGUGAUUGGUUGAAAGAAAUACAAGCAGCCGGGGCGUUUUUUCCUCCAAUCUUAAAGUGAGAGUCGGCCCAGCCAGACCUUUCUUUUCUUGAGAAAGGUCUGGUGAGCGAGACUAGUUAUCAUCUCACAAAGUUGGCUCAUAUAGUUAGAUAGUGAAGAACUGGCAGAAUAUAAGAAGACAAGAACGCGAGGACAAAGAGGAAACUUUUGGAGGAAUACAAUCAUAGAAAGCACAAACUACAAAGUAAAUUUGAUCCCCAAAUACGAGAAAACGAUAGUAGCUUAUCCAUCAGGUUCUCCUGGUCGCAGAACACUCUUCUCAGGGUGUGUUAGUUUUUUCAUUUAUCAUCAUGAACACGGUCAUGUUGCAAUUAAGACAGAGUCAGAGGUACCUUAAGUUUAUUUUUACCUUGCUUUGGUUGCUAAGGUCUUUUGUGCAACGGUCUAGGGAUUCUUUAAGUAAAAGACCAAGACAAGGAGAAAACCAUAAAUACUAAAGUGAGCAUCUUAAGGAAACCUUAAGGAAAAGACUUAAGGGUGUUUUGUGCAACUGGCCCCUGACUUUUAAUUUCGUGCCACUUGACAUUUUAAAUUUUUAAUAAAAUGUCUCAACAACUACUGGAGAGAUUGCCAUUAAAUUUGGUACACAUAUUCAUGUUCCCCUCAGUAGGGAGGGAUUACUAAACAGAUGAGGAAUGACCACAUAUACUUGCAAAACAACCACAAAAAGACACAAAAUGACCUCAAAGAGAUGCAAAGGAACUGCAAAGAGACACAACACAACUACAAAAAUGCAGGAUUUACCAUUGUUAUAAAACAUAUAAUAAAACAUAUCCUGAAUUUCUUUAAAUUUUGAACGAACAAUGUCUCAUUUAUAUUCUGAUUUUUGUUAUGUCAUGUCCAUUUUCUUUUUUUUUUUGUAGCGCUUCCUAUUGGUCGAUUUGAAUAAA